UCGUCUGUUUUGUCGUUUGGCUUGUUUCUUCCUCAAAAAUAAGGCAUAUAUAGACUUGUUUGUUUUGUUUGCAGAUUUCCUUGGCUGUCCUCAACCUUCGCCAGUCGAUGGAUACCCUUCGUGCUUUUGUUCUCAAGUUAUUUAUUGCUUUUAUUUUAUUAAUCCUCUUGUGUUCUUAUGGUUCUAGAGCUACUGAACAAAAAACAUCACUUCUGAAGAUCACGGCCGGCGCAUCACCUGAACUUCCAUCCGAAAUCUCCCAAUUAUGGCAACCUGAACACCGAAAUGACGUCCUCUAUUGCUUGAAGUAUCGAAUUGCAGAGAUGAUACAGUCGCUCUUUCCAUAAGUGAGAGAUUUCCUUUUCGGUCUCUUAUCCAUACAAUUAUCAUCAUCAUAAUGUUCCCUCCCCUUGGACUUUUCAAGGACAUACCAUGUCCUCAGGCUCAGAAUUGCUCGCUUCUGGUCUGUUUGUUUUCACACAAGGAUACCAAGUCUUUUCUUGAUAAAGAGAAUAGUGCACAAUUAGCAUCAGCAAAAGAUGCGGCCCCAACAAGCACGCCGGUUCCCAAGCGAAGGAAGAUAGAGCCGACUGCGACUGCGGAGGAUAAGGUCCGGAAGAAUGCCUCGCCAGCACCAGCAAGAGAAUCACAGAAUUCAACAGACAAACCCGCAAAGCUUACUCUUCAAGAUCCGGCAGAAUUGCAGUCAACGUCGAGAAAGGUAUCACCACCGCAUUCACGCGCGGUAUCAACACCGGGGAAGAAUGCCGCGCCUACAAAGGCGACGACACCGUCCCAACUGCCACCAAGAAAAGCGCGCAAGGAAAGCUUGAAUCCUCGAAUGCUCACCAAAGCACCUGCAUCGCAUGGUGUACGGCUAUCUAUUUUGACCAAACUACAUUCCGCCAUGUCGAAGCUUAAUGCCAAAUUGGCGGAAGACCAAAAGAGCGAGAAUAAGUACCUCAUCUUGUCCCCUAGCGAGCUCGUGACUAUGGCGCUCGAUGAGGAGGAAAAGGCGGCGAAGGAUAAUCCAGGUGUAUAUGGAAAUGUGAUUAAGCUUAGGAUUGUCAAGCUGUCGAAGAUAAGCAAGGAGGAUUGGGCGAAUGAGGUUAAGGCGCAUUUGAAUGCUCGAUACUAUAAGUUCGAACCGGUCCAGGAGCCGUCUAAACCGAAGGAUCUCACGACUAAAUUGAGUGCUAGGGAGGAAAUCGCGAUUGUCGAGAAACUGAUCACGCCAUUAGAAGGUCUCGAGGAAUUUGGCUACGUCACCCGCGCGCCGUCAAAGGAGGAAAUCGAGAAUGCCAAGAAGGGCAUCGAAGGGUCCCAAGGCUGGGAGCAAUGUGCUCGAUGCGGUGGACGAUUUCAGGUCUGGCCCGGACGGCGUCCUGAUGGUUCAUUGACGAGUGGAGGGCAAUGCACCCAUCAUCCGGGAAAGCCGAUGUACCCUCCAAAAUCGCAAACGGAGCAUAUCACCGGACCCAGGGAGGCAUACUAUUCUUGCUGCAAUGAAUCCCUGGGUGCAUCGUCUGGCUGUACAAAAGGCGACACGCAUGUCUUUAAGGUCUCAGAAACGAAACGUCUCGCGUCAAUGCUACAGUUCGAAAAAACGCCCUGGCAGCCGGAUAUGAAACCACGACCACCUGUAUGCUUUGACUGCGAAAUGGGAUAUACAACGUUCGGAAUGGAACUCAUCCGCCUUACAGCCGUCAGCUGGCCUGACGGCAAACCCCUACUCGACAUUCUAGUUCGACCAAUGGGCGAAGUCCUAGAUCUCAAUUCACGCUUCUCCGGCGUCUUCCCCGAACACUACGCCAACGCCGUACCCUACGACCCAUCAACACCAACUCCAUCAAACGAAACCCUCCAAGUCGUUGACUGCCCCGCCGCUGCCCGCUCCCUCCUCUUCACCCACCUCCAACCCACCACCCCGAUCAUCGGCCACGCAAUCGACAACGAUCUUAAUGCCUGCCGCAUCAUCCACCCCACCGUCAUUGACACAGUUAUCCUCUAUCCAGCUCCACGCGGCGGUCUGCCCAACCGAAUGAGUCUGAAGACGCUUUGCAGGAAGUUCCUUGAGCGGGAGAUUCAGACAGGUGGUGAGAGGGGUCAUGAUUCGAAGGAGGAUGCAGUGUCGACGGGGGAUUUGGUGAGAGUUAAGGUUGGGGAGACGUGGAAGGUAUUGAAGGCUAAGGGAUGGAAUAUUAAUGUUGCGGGUGGAAAGCUUGUGCCGCCGGAGGGGACGGGAAUAGGGGAGGAUGAGGAAGUUAGGGAGAGGGCUUUGGAGGUUGCGGCUGGGGUUAAGAGGAAGGGUUUGUCGUGAGUGCACAUACAUGGCAUUUUCAUACUAGAUCUACUGUUUUAAGUGGGUACGAGUGUAAUAAGCGUUUGGGUAACAGACUGCUCCAUUAUAUCUACCAUUCGUAGCGUCAUGAGUAGAAACACCGCACCGACCAAUCCAACAAUGCCUUAUCACAGGCAAUGC